UGCACUAUAUUGCCAAAAGUAUUGAGACACGCCUCCAAAUCAUUGCAUUCAGAUGUUCCAAUCACCUUCAUGGCCACAGGCAUGCAGACUGCUUCUACAAACAUUUGUGAAAGAAUGAGUCACUCUCAGGAGCUCAGUGAAUUCAAGUGUGGUACCGUGACAGGUUGCCACUUGUGCAAUAAGUCCAUCCGUGAAAUUUCCUUGCUACUAUAUAUUCCAUGGUCAACUGUUAGUGGUAUUAGAACAAAGUGAAACCAAAUGGGAACAACAGCAACUCAGCCAAGAAUUGGUAGGCCAUGUAAAAUGACAAAGUGGGGUCAGUGCAUGCUAAAACGCACAGUGCGCAAAAGUCACCGACUGUCUGCAGAGUCAAUAGCUAAACACCUCCAAACAACGUGUGGCCUUCAGAUU